GUUCGGGCAAGUUAGCAUCAUAUUGUGCGUAGUUAUCGAGGGACUGAAAUCAAGAAAUAUUUUUUAAAAUUAUUAUUCGCUAAAAACAAAGUUAAAGUAUAGUUUAUAUAUUGUUGAAAAGAGUUAAAAUACGAUAAAAACAUAAAAUAUUCAAGAAACUCUACAUAGCUAUUUAAAUCUACUUCGUAAACAUCUAGAAACGUCUAGAAAUUGAUAAUGUUUAACAGCAGCAUAAAUAAGCCACCGGCAUUUCCUCUGCAUCAACCAGUGGUUUCCGAUCAACUUUCCUAUAAUUGGAACAUUAAGAACAUGCCAUGGAAAUCAUUAGAAAGUGGAUCUAACUCAGUUGUCCUAUUUAAUGGAAUAAAUAAUGUUCUUGUGUCACAAAAUCAAUUGACAGCAACCACUUCAGGAUUUAAUAUGCAUCAGCAUCAACCUAGAAUUAAGCGAAGAAGUGAAUCUGAGGAAACCAUACCAACUAAACAAUUCAUAUCAGAAGAAAAAAUGAUAGCUCAUUUGAAUAGUCUUCAUCUUUCCGAAAACUUCCAACAACACAACAUAAAUUCUUCUGAAACAAAUGAGACUCCAGAAGUAGAUAUGGAACGAUCUUAUCAUGUUAAUCUUACACCACAAGAACUCGAACAGAGAUUAAAGAGAGCACAGCGUAUUACAGUUUGUGAUGAAGUUAGAAAAAACUUGAAAGAAGAAGAUGAAAUAAUACCGAAGGUUUUAUUGAAUAGAGUUGAAGAGCCUUGCAAGGCUCUUAUAUUAUGGCGACCACCUGAAGUGAUUCAACAACUCGUCACUUUCUUUGAUAAGAAAGAAGAAGAAGAUAAUGCAAACAAUGAUUUUGAUAUGAAUAACGACCUAAAUAAUAAUGCAAAUAUGGAAAUGGAUCUGUAAAUUAUUUGAUAUGAUUUCUAUCUGAUAUAUACAUAAAAUAACUAGAUUUUUUUUAACAAUAAAUUUAAGAGUUUGUUUUUCUAAAAAUCCUAAUUAGUUUUCCAGUUAAUAUUUAACGGAUUUGUUAAAUU